AUGCCUGGCGAAGAGACCCACAAAGAGUUUGACGACGAUCUGGUCGACUACGAAGAAGAGGACGAGACGACGACAGACGCGUCGAAGGCAGCUGAGGGAAAAGACGCCAAGAAGGGCCACUACGUCGGCAUCCACAGCUCUGGGUUCCGUGACUUUAUCCUGAAGCCCGAGUGUCUGCGCGCUGUCGUGGACUGCGGGUUCGAGCACCCUUCGGAAGUCCAGCACGAGUGCAUUCCUCAGGCGGUGCUGGGCAUGGACAUUAUUUGCCAGGCCAAGUCGGGCAUGGGAAAGACUGCCGUGUUCGUGCUUGCCACGUUGCACCAGAUCGAGCCAGUGGACGGUCAGAUCAGUGUUGUCGUGAUGUGCCAUACGCGCGAACUGGCUUUCCAGAUUGCUCACGAGUACGAGCGUUUCAGCAAAUACCUGGUUGACGUCAAGACGGGGGUGUUUUACGGUGGUGUGCCGAUUUCGCAGAACCGCGAGGCGCUGAAGAACAAUCCGCCGCACAUCCUUGUAGGCACUCCAGGUCGUAUCCUAGGACUUCUUCGUGAAAAGACGCUGAAGCUGGACAAAGUCAAGCACUUUGUCAUGGACGAGUGUGACAAGGUGUUAGAGGCUGUCGAUAUGCGUCGCGACAUCCAGGAGAUCUUCAAAGCAACUCCACAUGACAAGCAAGUGAUGAUGUUCUCGGCCACGUUGAGCAAGGAGAUUCGUCCGGUGUGCCGCAAAUUUUGUCAGGACCCGAUGGAGAUCUACGUCGACGACGAGACGAAGCUGACUCUGCACGGUCUGCAGCAGUACUACAUCAAGCUAGAAGAAUCUGAAAAGAACCGCAAGCUGAACGACCUGCUAGAUGCGCUCGAGUUCAACCAGGUGGUAAUUUUCGUGUCGAAGAAGAACCGUGGACGGGAGCUGAACCGUCUGCUGAACGAGUGCAACUUUCCGUCGAUUUGCAUCACGGCCGACCUCUCCCAGGACGAGCGUAUCAAGCGGUACAAAAGCUUCAAGGAUUUCCAGAAGCGCAUUCUAGUGACCACGGAUCUGUUCGGUCGUGGUAUGGAUAUCGAGCGUGUGAACAUUGUCGUCAACUACGACUUCCCGAACGACAGUGACCAGUACCUUCACCGUGUGGGCCGUGCCGGUCGUUUCGGUACCAAGGGUCUGUCAAUUAGUUUCAUCUCGUCUGAAGAGGACACCGAGAUGCUUGCUAAGGUGCAGUCGCGUUUUGAGGUGAACAUUCCGGAGCUUCCAGACCAGAUCGACAUCUCGACGUACAUGACCACUUAG